AUGGAAAAGGAGAAACUUUAUUUUCAUGACACCCCGGAGGAUGCAACAAAGACAGAGCAACCCACCAAGUGUCUACGUUUCGCUACAGGAAUUUACAGUAUUUUGAGCUUGUUAUUUGCAGCUGUUAUUUUGGUUGCUGAACUCAUUUUACAUUUUACACUUCAAAACCCUUGCAAAUACGGUUUCUUGAUGACUGUGAUAAUCUUCCUCACUGAAUGCUUAGCAGUUGCAUCUAUUCUGGGAAUUGUUGGAGCUAUUUUAGCCAAUCGAAAAAUUCUCAUUUGGUUCGUCUAUUUCUUAAUCGUAUUCUUAACAUCGGCAGCCGUGAUACGAAUCUUUCUACUAGCUAAAUUUGAUGCUGCCUUCCCAUAUGCGAAGCAAUCUUUCCAAAGCUACAUAGAUAUAGCUAAUAGAGACGGUGACGGUGCUUAUAGAACGUUCAUAGUGUAUUCCAUGAGACACCUUCAACAAAAGUUGGAAUGCUGUGGAUUUAAUGGCCCUACUGACUUCAAAGAUCCAAACACGAUCUGUUGCUACCCAGGAAGCGAAUGCAAUGCCACUAAGUUGGGUGGAUGCAAACAUCAGAUUCUGAAAAUAGUGGAACUUAUGAGUCGAACUAUUGGAGUAAUUGAUCUAACAAUCCUGGUCAUUCCAAUAAUUUUUGUGAUCUGUACAGUUAUCCUGAUUAAAAGGCUGCAAUGA